GUCGGAAGACGAGGCUAAGUAGCUUCCUGUCGGCACUGUCUGCUCGCCGACAUGGAUGCGUUCACUCCUUGGCAUCAGCGAGAAGGUUUCGAGGACGUCGUGCCGGUGCCCCAGGACGAUGGACCGAACCCAAUGGUACCUAUCGCCUACCCGAAAGAGUACAGCAGCGCUAUGGACACCUUUCGCUACUUUGUCUCGACAGGCGAGAAGAGUCAGCGCGUCUUGGACGUCACACAGGCACUUGUCAAGAUGAACACGGCUCAUUAUACCGUCUGGACAUAUCGCGGUCAGACACUGUUGGCAACGGGCGCGUCGAUCGAAUCCGAGCUCGACAUGAUGGAUCAUCACGUCAAAGCCCACCUGAAAUCGUACCAAGUCUGGCAACAUCGACGCAAUAUGGUCCUCGCUCUACCUGCAGCGAUCGGUCAUCGACGCGAACUGCCCUUUUGCACCCGGACGCUCGCCAUUGACAGCAAGAAUUACCAUACUUGGGUCUAUCGACACUGGGUUCUCUCCCAUUUCUUCGGGCCAGACUCAGCCUGCGUCAUUGCUCAAGCAGACGAGCGAGACGAUGCCCUUCGUAUGGAAAAGGAUGUCAAGUUCAAAGAUAGUGUCUGGCAAGGAGAGCUCGACUAUGCCGAAAGUCUGCUGAACGAGGAUCUGAGGAAUAAUUCCGCUUGGAACCAUCGCUGGUUCGUCGUCUAUGGCAGCGACCACUCGAACCGUGCAUCCCACAAAAAUGCGGAAUCACUACAGGAACGGGAGCUCGAGUAUUGCAAGGACAAGAUCAGUAUAGCGCCUAACAACCCCAGCGCAUGGAACUAUCUCAGAGGUGUGUUGCGACACUCGAAGACAGCGUUGAUAGCACUUAAUGCUUUUGUCGAACCCUUGACUCGACUCGAAUCCCCAUCAUGCCGAUAUGCGCUCGAAUGGCAAGCGGAUUCGCUUGCUGAAUCCAAGGACCAAGCGCAAGUCAAGCAAGCUGCAGAGGUCUAUGCAGCACUGGCAGAGCAGCACGAUCCAAUCAGGCGUUCUUACUGGAACCAUCUUUCCCGCAAGGCACUCUCAUCCGUCGCAGUCAGUUAAGUAACUGUUGUCAACAAACAUCAUGCAGCUUUACAUCCGUUCGUACACGACCCUCACGAACGCAUUUGUGCAAUACGUUGCAUCAUUUCCGCCGGUGUUGCCCUCGUCUUGUCCGCUGCUUUGGGCAAAUUCGAGUCUAGCGAAGAAAGAGGUCUGCUGGCUCCGUUCGGCGAAGUGGCCGACUGCGUGCGCACUCUGGCCUUGAUUGGACUGAUGACAGCAACCAUCGCUCGCGGGGCUGCCGGGGCUUCGUUCUCUGUCUCGUCACU